UGCAGCGGGCUGGGGGAGGGGCCGACGACGAAGGCGACGGCGGCGGCGGAGCGGUGGGUCGCUGUCUGCGCGCUGGUGGCUGAGGCCUCCGCGGUUGCCGGAGGGCGGGCGGUGGAGAGGAUGCCUGCCGCUGCCCUUCUCUCGUGAGGCAGAGAGCCGCCGCCACCCUCCCCCUCCCCCGGCAGGGCGGAGAGGAGCGGCCGGAGUCUGAGCGAUGGUGCCCGGCGAGGAGAACCAACUGGUCCCGAAAGAGGAUGUGUUUUGGAGAUGCAGACAAAAUAUCUUUGAUGAAAUGAAGAAGAAAUUUUUACAGAUAGAAAAUGCUGCUGAAGAACCUAGAGUUUUAUGUAUAAUACAAGAUACUACUAAUUCAAAGACAGUGAAUGAACGGAUCACUUUAAAUUUACCAGCUUCUACUCCACUCAGAAAGCUCUUUGAAGAUGUGGCCAACAAAGUAGGCUACAUAAAUGGAACCUUUGAUUUGGUGUGGGGAAAUGGAAUCAAUACUGCUGAUAUGGAGGAUUCCAGUGCUGGAGAUGACAGUGUCCAUGACAGAUUUAUAGGUCCACUUCCAAGAGAAGGUUCUGUGGGCUCUACCAGUGAUUAUGUCAGCCAAAGCUACUCGUAUUCGUCUAUUUUGAAUAAAUCAGAAACUGGAUAUGUGGGAUUAGUAAACCAAGCAAUGACUUGCUAUUUGAAUAGCCUUUUGCAAACACUUUUUAUGACUCCUGAAUUUAGGAAUGCAUUAUAUAAGUGGGAAUUUGAAGAAUCUGAAGAAGAUCCAGUGACAAGUAUCCCAUACCAACUUCAAAGGCUUUUUGUUUUGUUACAAACCAGCAAAAAGAGAGCAAUUGAAACUACAGAUGUUACAAGGAGCUUUGGAUGGGAUAGUAGCGAGGCUUGGCAGCAGCAUGAUGUACAAGAACUGUGCAGAGUCAUGUUUGAUGCUUUGGAGCAGAAAUGGAAACAAACAGAACAGGCUGAUCUUAUAAAUGAACUCUAUCAAGGCAAGCUGAAGGACUACGUGAGAUGUCUGGAAUGUGGUUAUGAGGGCUGGAGAAUCGACACGUAUCUUGAUAUUCCAUUGGUCAUCCGACCUUAUGGGUCCAGCCAAGCAUUUGCUAGUGUGGAAGAAGCAUUGCAUGCAUUUAUUCAGCCUGAGAUCCUGGAUGGCCCAAAUCAAUAUUUUUGUGAACGUUGUAAGAAGAAGUGUGAUGCACGAAAGGGUCUUCGGUUUUUGCAUUUCCCUUAUCUGCUGACCUUACAAUUGAAAAGGUUUGAUUUUGAUUAUACAACCAUGCACAGGAUUAAAUUGAAUGAUCGGAUGACAUUUCCUGAGGAGCUAGAUAUGAGUACAUUUAUUGAUGUUGAAGAUGAGAAAUCUCCCCAGACUGAAAGUUGCACGGACAGUGGAGCAGAAAAUGAAGGCAGUUGUCACAGUGAUCAAAUGAGCAAUGACUUCUCCAAUGAUGAUGGUGUCGAUGAAGGGAUCUGUCUUGAAAACAACAGUGGAACUGAAAAGAUUUCAAAACCUGGACUUGAAAAGAAUUCCUUGAUCUAUGAGCUCUUCUCCGUUAUGGUUCAUUCAGGGAGUGCUGCUGGUGGUCAUUAUUAUGCUUGUAUAAAGUCAUUCAGUGAUGAACAGUGGUACAGCUUCAAUGAUCAACAUGUCAGCAGGAUAACACAAGAGGACAUUAAGAAAACGCAUGGUGGAUCUUCAGGAAGCAGAGGCUAUUACUCCAGUGCUUUUGCAAGCUCCACAAAUGCAUAUAUGCUGAUAUAUAGACUGAAGGAUCCAGCAAGAAAUGCAAAAUUUCUAGAAGUAGAUGAAUAUCCAGAACAUAUUAAAAACUUGGUGCAGAGAGAGAGAGAAUUGGAAGAACAAGAAAAGAGGCAACGAGAAAUUGAGCGCAAUACGUGCAAGAUAAAAUUAUUCUGUUUGCAUCCUGUGAAACAAGUAAUGAUGGAAAAUAAAUUGGAGGUUCAUAAGGAUAAGACAUUAAAGGAAGCAGUAGAAAUGGCUUAUAAGAUGAUGGAUUUAGAAGAGGUAAUACCCAUGGAUUGCUGUCGCCUUGUUAAAUAUGAUGAGUUUCAUGAUUAUCUUGAACGAUCGUAUGAGGGAGAAGAAGAUACACCAAUGGGACUUCUACUAGGUGGAGUCAAGUCAACAUAUAUGUUUGAUCUGCUGUUGGAGACAAGAAAACCUGAUCAAGUUUUCCAGUCUUAUAAACCUGGAGAAGUGAUGGUGAAAGUUCAUGUUGUUGAUCUCAAGGCCGAGUCUGUAGCUGCUCCUAUCACUGUGCGUGCUUACUUAAAUCAAACCGUUACAGAGUUCAAACAGCUUAUUUCAAAGGCCAUUCAUUUACCCGCGGAAACAAUGAGAAUAGUGCUAGAACGCUGCUACAAUGAUUUGCGUCUUCUCACUGUGCCCAGUAAAACCCUGAAAGCUGAAGGUUUUUUUAGAAGUAACAAGGUGUUCGUUGAAAGUUCGGAGACUUUGGAUUACCAGAUGGCCUUUACAGACUCUCAUUUAUGGAAACUCCUGGAUCGGCAUGCAAAUACAAUCAGAUUAUUUGUUUUGUUACCUGAACAAUCCCCAGGAUCUUAUUCCAAAAGGACAGCAUACCAGAAAGCUGGGGGCGAUUCUGGUAAUGUGGAUGAUGACUGUGAAAGAGUCAAAGGACCUGUGGGGAGCCUAAAGUCUGUGGAAGCUAUUCUGGAAGAAAGCACUGAAAAGCUUAAAAGCUUGUCACUACAGCAGCAGCAAGAUGGAGAUAAUGGGGACAGCAGCAAAAGUACUGAAACAAGUGACUUUGAAAACAUCGAAUCACCUCUUAAUGAGAGGGACUCUUCAGCAUCGGUGGAUAAUAGAGAACUUGAACAGCAUAUUCAGACUUCUGAUCCUGAAAAUUUUCAGUCUGAAGAACGAUCAGACUCAGAUGUGAAUAAUGACAGGAGUACAAGUUCGGUGGACAGUGACAUCCUCAGCUCCAGUCAUAGCAGUGACACUUUGUGCAAUGCAGAUAAUGCCCAGAUCCCCUUGGCUAAUGGACUUGACUCCCAUAGCAUCACGAGUAGUAGAAGAACUAAAGCAAAUGAAGGGAAAAAAGAGACAUGGGAUACAGCGGAAGAAGACUCUGGAACUGAUAGUGAAUAUGAUGAGAGUGGCAAGAGUAGGGGAGAAACACAGUACAUGUAUUUCAAAGCAGAGCCCUAUGCUGCAGAUGAAGGUUCUGGGGAAGGACAUAAAUGGUUGAUGGUGCAUGUUGAUAAAAGAAUUACUCUGGCCGCUUUCAAACAGCAUUUAGAACCCUUUGUUGGAGUUUUGUCCUCUCACUUCAAGGUCUUUCGAGUGUAUGCCAGCAAUCAAGAGUUUGAGAGCGUCCGGCUGAAUGAGACACUUUCAUCAUUUUCAGAUGACAAUAAGAUUACAAUUAGACUGGGAAGAGCACUUAAAAAAGGAGAAUACAGAGUUAAAGUGUACCAGCUUCUAGUGAAUGAACAAGAGCCAUGCAAGUUUCUGCUCGACGCUGUGUUUGCUAAAGGAAUGACUGUACGGCAAUCAAAAGAGGAAUUAAUUCCUCAACUCAGGGAGCAAUGUGGUUUAGAGCUCAGUAUUGACAGGUUUCGUCUAAGGAAAAAAACAUGGAAGAAUCCUGGCACUGUCUUUUUGGAUUAUCAUAUUUAUGAAGAAGAUAUUAAUAUUUCCAGCAACUGGGAGGUUUUCCUUGAAGUUCUUGAUGGGGUAGAGAAGAUGAAAUCCAUGUCACAGCUUGCAGUUCUGUCAAGACGGUGGAGGCCUUCAGAGAUGAAGUUGGAUCCCUUCCAGGAGGUUGUGUUGGAAAGCAGUAGUGUUGAUGAGUUGCGAGAGAAGCUUUCUGAAAUCAGUGGAAUUCCUUUGGAAGAUAUUGAGUUUGUCAAGGGUAGAGGAACUUUUCCCUGUGAUAUUUCUGUCCUUGAUAUUCAUCAAGAUUUGGACUGGAAUCCUAAAGUUUCUACCCUGAAUGUCUGGCCUCUUUAUAUCUGUGAUGAUGGUGCAGUCAUAUUUUACAGGGAUAAAACAGAAGAAUUAAUGGAGUUGACAGAUGAGCAAAGAAAUGAACUGAUGAAAAAAGAAAGCAGUCGACUGCAGAAGACAGGACAUCGUGUAACGUACUCACCUCGGAAAGAGAAAGCACUCAAAAUAUAUCUGGAUGGAGCACCAAAUAAAGAUCUGGCUCAAGACUGACUGCUAAUGGAGCAUUUUCCCUGAGGGAUUUUGGUUUUAAUUAGACGGUUCACUGCUACUGUGUAGUGCCAUGACGGCCGGACGUGGUUGGGGUAACCCAGUGACACCAGCACUGAUUGGACUGCCCUUCACCAAUCAGAAGAGCUCAGUGCCCGAUGGGCCACUGUUGUAACUUGGAAUCAUGUUGUGCACUAUAGUCAAAUGUACUGUAAAGUGAAAAGGGAUGUGCAAAAAAAUAAAAACAAAAAACAAAAAGCAAAACCUGCUACUAGAAAAGGGGGAAGGGGAAUGAGUAAACUUCUUUUAUUGAGGACAAAUGUGCACAUAGCCGCUAGUCAAACUAGCCUCAAACAGGAUGCUCAUAGCUUAAUAAUAAAAGCUGUGCAAAGGCCAUGAAUGAAUGAAUUUUCUGUUUAUUUCACUGAUACACACAUUACCUCAUUGACAAUUUGGAAGUAAAUGCAACGUGUGUUGACUCUGGAAAGCAGCAAAAUAGGAGCUGAAGAAAGAGUUCUUAGAACCAGCCGUAACCCAGUAAAGAAUUGUGAAGUUGUGUUUUGUUUCAUUUUUUGUGAAGUAUUAAGAACAUUCUGGAACAUCAAAACGUUUCCCUUAGAAGGCACCCAGCAGGUGGUAGCUCACAUUGCUGCAAUAUUGUAAUUAUAACUGAUUGUACUUAAGUUAUGGAUGUGGAGAAUACAUUUCACUCGUUCAUUCAGCAUGUAAAUAAAAUUGAUCCUAUUGAGUUAUCAUAAUUGCAGUUUAGCUAUUUCCCAUGGCUGUUCUUUUCACAUAUCAUUCAUGAUCGACACUUGUGUCCAUUGAGAAGUAGAGCAGUCUAUGUAAAUGUAAUCCUCAGUGAGGCUCCUCAGUGCUGGGUCCCAUACGAUUGUAUUUGCCCUUGUUAAUGAGGUGGUUCUGUUCAGCAGCUUCAAUUUUUUUUUCUUUUUGUACAUUUAUUUUUGAAGAUUUACUUCAAGUUUGAAUCUUCUAGACCCCUUUAAGUCCCACUUUAAUUUUUGGAGUUGAUUUGUAGUUACACGUAGUUUAACUUGGGGAAAACGUCUUCACAUCGUGUUGAAUCAACUUGGUGGUAAGUCAGGUCAUGGCACAGGCUGAUGCAGUCAACAUGAUUUCAUUGCAAAGUCGAUCAGAAUCGGCAAGUUUUUUUGCUUUGCUAAAUACAACUAUUCAGUGAACACAAUUCUACGUAAAUUUUGAAAAUGCCAUCUAAUUUAUAAAAAUCAAUAAGGUUUUGGUAAAACUUUUUCAUGCCAGAUGCUGUUUACAACAAUGAACAUGCCAAUAAAACAUUUGUUCAUUC